AUGGCCUCCGCCGUCAAGCAAGAAAUCACCGACCGCUCCUCCGCCGCGAAAACCGCCAACCCCGCGCCGAUCGACAUCGGCAGCGACAGUGAGAGCAGUAGCAACUCCGUCGAUUCUUCCGACAUCGAAGGCGACCUGGAGACCACUGCCUUCAUCGAGUCCAUCACAUGCAAGUCCAGAACCGAGCGUAAUUCCGACGAAGCUCCGCCGGCGAAGAAACCGAAACGCGGCGGCGAAACCGCGCUAGGGUUUCCGGAACCGGUGGAUGUCACGGCGGCGGUGCCGUUGACGAUGGCGAGGGUCUUGCCGGACUCGACUUGCGUGACGCAGAAAAUUGGCCAAAAUAGUAAUAAUCUGAAUGAGAAUCAAGUCGGUCCUGUUGUAAAAGGUUGCAAGCAGUUCUGGAAAGCUGGGGAUUAUGAAGGUGACAAGGAGAAUGAUAGUAAAUCCGCGUUUUCUUCUGCUGGCAUGGAUCAUGCGAGAAUUCACCCUAAGUUUCUGCAUUCGAAUGCCACCAGUCACAAAUGGGCGCUUGGAGCUUUCGCGGAGCUGUUAGACAAUUCUUUAGAUGAGGUCUGCAAUGGAGCCACUUAUGUUAAUAUAGACAUGUUAAUAAAUAAAAAAGAUGGCAAUCUGAUGCUUGUGGUGGAAGAUAAUGGUGGUGGAAUGACUCCUGAAAAAAUGAGACAGUGCAUGUCUCUUGGGUAUUCAGCAAAAAGCAAAAUGGCAAACACAAUUGGUCAAUAUGGCAAUGGGUUUAAGACUAGUACUAUGAGGCUUGGAGCAGAUGUUAUAGUGUUCUCUCGUUGUCAGGGGAUCAAUGGAACAAGCCCAACACAGACCAUUGGAUUGCUAUCUUACACUUUUCUGAGGACUACUGGAAAGGAAGAUAUAGUGGUUCCCAUGAUUGACUAUGAGAAAAGUGGUCGAGGUUGGAACAAGAUGAUGCGGGCUUCUCCAGAUGAUUGGACAAGAAAUUUAGAAACCAUUGUGCAGUGGUCUCCAUAUUCAAGUGAAGAAGAUCUUCUUCAGCAAUUUAAGUUAUUUAGAGGGCAUGGCACACGGAUAGUUAUAUACAACCUUUGGGAGGAUGAUGAAGGACAUCUGGAACUUGAUUUUGAUACAGAUCCCCAUGACAUUCAAAUUAGAGGAGUCAACAGGGAUGAGAAGAGCAUUCAGAUGUCUAGAAAAUAUCCCAAUUCUAGACAUUUCUUAACUUAUCGACAUUCAUUGAGGAGUUAUGCAUCGAUCCUCUAUCUCAGGCUUCCAUCUCAGUUUAGAAUGAUUCUGCGCGGGGAAGAUAUUGAACAUCACAAUAUAGUGAAUGACAUGAUGAUGACGAGGGUGGUGACAUACAAACCUGUAAAUCUCCCAGAGGGAAUGCCAAAAGAUUCAAACAUGGUUGCCAAAGUGACUCUUGGGUUUGUGAAGGAUGCACGCUCUCAUAUUGAUAUCCAAGGGUUCAAUGUUUAUCAUAAAAACAGACUGAUUAAGCCUUUUUGGCGUGUUUGGAAUGCUGCGGGCAGUGAUGGUCGUGGAGUCAUAGGUGUGUUGGAAGCUAAUUUUGUUGAACCAGCUCAUGACAAACAGGGCUUUGAGAGGACAAAUGUUCUUCAAAGACUUGAGCAACGAUUGAUUGGAAUGCAAAAGGACUUCUGGUCUAAGAAUUGCCAGAGUGUUGGCUAUGCUCCAAGAAGGCGUACUAGUGACUUUUCGGAAAGAGAUUCUCCAGUAUCUGAUAAAGAGAAAUCACCCACGAAUCAGAAUGGUCAUGGUGGGUUUAAGAUAAAAACAAGUAAAAAACUCGAAAAAGGAUCAUCACCUGUGACUACUUCAAGUGAAGAUGGCAACUGUAAUGAGGCAUUGCAUUCUUCCAUUAAACCUCAGCCAGAUCAUACGUCAGACACAAGGGAGGGUCACACACCUUUGAAAAUAGCUGAUACAAAUGGAGGACAAGUCAUAAUGGACAACAUAACUGGGCAUACUGAGCGUUCGAUUAUGUUGAGAACAGAUUCAUCAAUUGUGGGAAGAUUGGAGGAGGCCAGUCAUGAAAGAAAUAGGUGUAUAUCUCUUAAAACUGAACUUGAGAAGGCAAACGAAAGAAUAGCAGAGUUGGAGAAAGAGCAAGACGCACUAAUUCAGAUACUAGUGGAAGAAAAGACUGAAAGAGAACAGGAGGAAGAACGACUCAGGAAAAGACUAACGGAUGCUUCUAAAACCAUUGAUGAGCUGCUUGAGAAGGUAAGACAGUUAGAAGGAAGGACGACACAGACAUGCAAAGUUGAAAAAGAAUGA